GUACCGCCGUCCUGCCGCGGCCCAGGGUCGGUGUGUCCGUGCGGGAGUUCGGGAGCGGCCCGGAGCCGAGGGGGCAGCGCGGGGCUGAGGCGGCGCGGACCGUGCGUCCUCCGGCCGCCAGAGGGCGCGGGCGGCGCGGGCGGGGCCGAGGAAGUGACGGCGGCGGCGGGGCCGAAGAACGUGAGAAGAAUGGGUUCUGUGUCAGAGGAGCUCAGCUUGGUCCCCUUGCACCAGAGGCCGGAGCUGCUGGAAGCCUGUGCUGAGCUGCUGGGCGAGGAGUGGGGGAAGAGCCGGGCAUCGCGGCUGCACACGCUGCAGCGCUCCUCGGACGCCUUUCCCACCUGCCUGCUGCUGCUGCGGAGCCGGGGGCCCCACGAGACCCCCACUGCCCGGGAGGGGCCCUGCGAACUCGUGGGUCACGUCCGACUGUCCCGCGUGGUCAGCCGUCCCCAUGACCUCUUCGUGGAGAGCGUGGUGGUGGCCCGGGCACUGCGGGGCCAGGGCUAUGGGCGGCGGCUGAUGGAGGCCACUGAGCAGUGGGCCCGGGCCCGGGGCUUUUGCUGCCUGCACCUCACCACCCAUGACAAGCAGCAUUUCUAUGCCCACCUGGGCUAUGUUCUGGGUGAGCCGGUGCAGAGCGUGACCUUUCUCAGCCCGGCUAUAUCCUCUGAGGUGCUGCGGCUCUUCUCCGCCCCUUCUGGGGCUGCCACUGCCACCGCCACCAGGCCAUGGGUACCCGCUGCCCCUCCGCCUCCCCCGCUGCCCCUCACUGUCCCCCCACCGCCUCCCCCACCGACUGUGAUCUGGGCGAGGGGUGUCCUGGCUGAGAGCAGCAAGCAGAGCCUCCUGGAAUCCCCGCACCGCGAUGCCAAAGGGCUCCCCAUCUUCUGGAUGAAGAAGGACAUCUGAGGGG